AUGUUGUCCAGAUUGGACAUUCAUCGCACCGAUUACCUGCGGCAAGCAGAAGAGUUGGCGCAAUUUGCCCAAUCGACGGAGGUGGACACUCACUCGAAGAGUUUUGGACGCGAUGUGGUGAACACUGUCGAGGUUGCGCAGGAAUUCAAGGACAAACACAAAUCAAGACCGUCGCUACCACGCACCGACACCCGGACUUGUUUCAAAUGUGGAGAAGUGGGUCACAUUCGUUCGAGGUGCCCCCAAAUGAAGAAGAAGCCCUCGGGUGCGAAUUUCGUUUUCACGGUUGGUCGCGGUGCGAGUCGCUCGCCCGGACAAUGGAUUCUCGACAGCGGUUCGAGUAGACAUUUGGUCAAUGACCCGAGUCUGCUGACUGAUCCGAUUGAUUGUCGCAGCGAGUGCAUGACUGCAGCCACUGAUGGAAGUGCGCUGCGGAUCACCCUACAAGGAACUGUAGACAUCCAAGUCGUUGCACUUGGAGUCGUGAACACAGUGAGGCUCCUCAAUGUUCAGUAUGCGGAGAACCUCGAGCGUAACAUCCUUUUCUACGGAUUGCUCGAGGCAAAAGGUUGCGUACUGGAAUAUCGAGGAGGGAGGCGCGUGUUGUCUUCCGGUACGGGCGGUACACCCAUCAUGGAUGUGGAAUGCUGCAACAACGUGUUGGUUGUCGCGGUGACAAACCACAGUGAUCGUAAUUCCAAGCCACCACAAGAGGCACUGAUGACUGUCGUCAACCCACCUGAAUAUGAAUUCGAUUCGGAUGUUCUAUGCGGUACCUUGAUGGACUUUCAUCGGCGUUUAGGACACCUUUGUUUUGACACGAUCGUCAAGAUGGCGAACGAUCCGGCAUCAUGCAUCCGACUGACUGAUUCGACACGUCAAAAGUGUCUGGCCUGUGCCCAGGGAAAACAGACCAAGGGAGUCCAGUCGAAGAGAGAUACAGGCGCGAAUUCGCCAAUCGACGCGAUCGGGGGAGUCAUUUGUUCGGACCUUAAGGGUCCCAUGACCCCCCGAGAUCGUUUGGGAAAUCGUUACAUGGUCAACUUCAUCGACCACCGUUCGAGUUACAGUCGAAUAUUUUUGGCCAAGUCGAAGGAUGCAGCCGCGUCAAAGUUCAAGCUCUUCAUGGCAAACUUUGAGCGCGAGUUCAAUUGCAAGGUUCAUGUCUUACGCACCGAUGGAGGUGGCAAAUACAAGACACUCGAUAUUUUCUGCUCUUCGGAAGGCGUCUUGCGUCAAGUAAGCGAGGCCAAAAAUCAAGCAAGCAACGGCAAGGCUGAACGGAUGCACCGCACCGUCAUGAACAUGGUGCGGAGUAUGAUCUUUGCAUCAAACCUGCCGCUCUCAUUUUGGGGUGAUGCUGCAAUGUACGCCUCGUACAUACUGAAUCGAAGCAAAACCAAGUCCAACCCCGGAUGUGCAUCGCCCUUGGAGAUCCUGACAGGCAAGGCUCCCGUGCUGACAGACAUUGUGGCCUUUGGUUCAACAUGCACUGCGCACAGAGACCCGAAGAACAAGUCACUCGGUGAACGAGGCAAGGCGGGCAUCGUCAUUGGGCGAGGCAGCGAAACGAAGGUAUACAAGGUGUACAUCCCAGUGGAUAAGGUGGUCGUGGUGACUCAACAUGUUCAAAACAUUGAAGCACCACAGGAUGACCAGGAUGAGAGAAAGACCUGUCUAGACAUGGCACGACGUCAGAAGGAGCCAGGCCCUGAUCAUCAGGCGGAUGAAGAAGAUCGGCAAGAUGGUGUGAAACGUGCGAAGCAGGUCAGAAAAGGUCGAAAGUCGACAUGGACCAGAGAGCGACAUGGGACAAGAUCGACAACGUCAAGUCAACCAAAGGUGGUUGAAGUGGACACCUCGGUGGACGGUUGCGACAUCGUGAACGCGAUCGUCGAGCAAGACCCGAAGCACUAUGGUGAGGCAAUGAAGAGUGGACAACGCGACCAAUGGCAGGUAGCCAUGACCGAAGAAUUGGACGCACUCGAGGCGAACGACGUCUGGAAGAUCGUAGUGCCACCAAGAAAUGCACACGUGUUGCACAACAAGUGGGUUUACAAAGCCAAGACCGACGCGAACGGAGAUAUCGAGCGAUACAAGGCUCGACUAGUGGUUUGCGGAAACGAACAAGUCUUCGACAUCGACUACAACCUCACGUUUGCGGCCGUCAUGGACUUAGUGACCGUCAAGCUAAUCCUUGUGCUCUCGAAGCGAUGGAACGUUCCCGCACGUCAUGGGGAUGUUCCGAACGCCUACGUUAAGGCAGAAAAGGAGGAGCAUCUAAAUAUCUUCAUGAAGGUUCCAAAAGGCAUGCAAAUCACUAAGGAGGAACUUCAAGGUUUCGGUGUGGAAUCUCCUGGUGAGGUCGCGCUGCUGUUGAAGAAAUCGUUGUACGGACUAAAGCAAGCAGGUAGACUCUGGAGCAAGCUAUUACACUCCAAGCUGACCGAGAAUGGCUACAAGCAGUGCACGACGGACAUGUGUCUAUACUACAAGCACCAAGGUCAAGAAUGGACCAUCGUCGGAGUAUACGUGGACGAUCUUCUGGUCACGGGAACCAAGCAGUGCGCGGUUGAUGAGUUCUUUGCGGGCAUGGAGACACUGUCGAUCAAGGAUCUCGGCGUCGUUCAGAAAUUUCUGGGACUCAGGAUCUCUUUGGAUGACACUCAAGGAUACAUUCUGGACCAAGAGGUCAUGAUCGACGUGUUGCUCAGGGAUUUCAAGUUGGAGUCGGCGAACGGUGUGCGAACGCCAAUCGGAGAUGAAUGCAAUGAUGAUAACAAGGAUGAUGUGGACUAUCUACCCGCGAGAGGUGCAAGCGGUGAGACAAGUUUAUGUGCCUUUCAAUCCUUGGUCGGGAGUCUGCUAUGGAUCGCAAGAUGCACGCGGCCCGACAUAUGUUUUGCAGUGCAUAAGGCAACUCGUCAAACACACAAGCCAACCACCAAGGACUGGAAGAUUGCGAAACGCAUUGCAAGAUACUUGAAGGCGACAAAGAACUUGAGGUUGCACCUGAACGGCAACGGACCGACUCAACAAAAUGUCAAGAUUGAAUGCUGGAGCGAUGCAGACUUCGCCGCGGACAAGGCGGACCGUAAGUCAGUGUCUGGAUACGUACUAACAUUGGACGGUUCUGUUGUUUUAUGGUCGUGCAAGAAGCAGUCAGGUGUGUUGCUGAGCACUAUGGAGGCGGAGUUGAUAUCCUCAUCCCAGGCAGGACGCGAAUUGCUGGGUGUGAGGGAACUACUGCUGGAGCUAAAGCUGCAGGUAUGCACGCCGAUGCCUAUGUGGAUGGAUAAUCAAGCGGCGAUCAAGCAACUCGAGGGAGAGAAGAGCACAACGAGCGCGAAGCACGGGGACAUCAGGUUUAAAUUCAUCUGCCACUACGCGCGUGAAGGAAUUGUGAUGCCCAAGUACGUCAAGACUGAGAUCAUGAUGGCGGACAUUCUGACGAAGUCCUUGCCAGCGCCGAGAAUGGAGGAGCUACGCAAGAUGUUCAACUUGAGGACGAUUCAGGCUGAAGUCGAGGAGGAGUGUUAG